UUUUGGCGUCUGGGUUGGAGACACGAAUACAGCCGGACUUCUGUGCGCUGUGAACCCCGGUAGAUUCGCUCCUAUUGAUUGCGCGGCAGUGUGUGUAGAUUCUUCUGACUAAAUCGUAUUGCAAAGCGUUUUUUUCUUUCCUGUGUUCGCUUUGUCGCGUCGAUAGCGAUUUCAACGAUCGGUGACGAGCUGUUAGAAAAUCUGCGAUAAGCAGGAACGAGGAAGAACGAGAUGACACCAGAAGGAUAUACACGCGUUUACGUGGGUGGAUUGAACGAGAGCAUCAAAAAGGAAGAUCUGCAAAUGGAGUUUGAAAAGUAUGGCAAGUUGAACAAGGUGUGGGUAGCCUUCAAUCCACCAGGCUUUGCCUUUAUCGAGUUCUUCAACAUGAAUGAGGCUGAAUUAGCGUGCUGCAAUAUGAACGGCAUGGAAAUUAUGGGUGCAAAAUUAAGAGUGGAGAUUUCACGGGGUAGAGGUCGCGGUGGGAGGGGUGGAGGUGCAGGUGGUUUCAGAGGAAAUCGGGGAGUUGGCGGUAGGGAAUUUGGUUCUCGAGGCGGUACAACUAUGGGUUAUAGAGGCAGUACCUAUACAGAUUAUGGAGGCAGUUAUUAUGCAGGCAGGAGUGGCACAAAUAGAGGCAGAGGCCGUUACGGAGAAGAUUAUAUGUUCAAUCGCAGCAGUGGGUAUGUUACGCGAGACGGAUAUACACAAGACGUCUAUGGUGGUAGUAGCGGGGACACUGGUGCCGACUACUACACCGGGAAGGAUACAAGCACAGCGAGGUAUCGAAGCCGCUCUCCGGCUGGCCGUGGCAGUCAUCGUCAUCUACGUGAAUGCACAUAAAAGAACUACGCUGCAUCUUGCCAAUCUGAACUGCGGGCCGAUCAGCCACCCGCCUCGACGACUUCAUUUCUGUCCAAUCUACACACAGCGAUCUGUACAUAGACAAGAACUACCAUUGCAGUUUGCGCUGUGCAAUAUUUUCCCUGCAUUGUACCAUUUCUAUACAACUUGUGGUCGCUGCUGGGAUAGACUUUCUAUGAUUAACAGAUCCGAGAGUUUCCUUAAAGAAAAGCGCUCUUACACGAAGUGAGAAAUGCGAUGAGAUAUAGAUUGCAGAAUUAAUUCGAAUGAUUAAUAUUUGAAGAAGUAAUUAAUAUAGGGUUGUAAUCUAUAGGGACUAUAACACUAUCUACAAUCACCGUUUUAUGUUUAGCUGACGCCUUAUUGGGUUGCUUUAGAUCUCUUUAUAUAUUUUCGACGUUCAGAAUCUUUGUGGUUUUUGAUUUACGAUUAUACAGAUUUUUCGAGAUUUGUUUAUGUAUAUAUAGUACGUACAUGUAUUAUAUAUAUAUAUAUAUAUAUAUAUAUAAUAGUUCUAAUUACAUUAAAAAAUUAUCUCUUAAAGUAUUUUUGCUGAUUUAUUUGGGUUAGCUUUCAUUGUUUUCAACUAUUUGAAAGUCUACGAUAGACUUUCAAAUAGUUGAAAAGACUACAAUAUGGCGGUCCAUAAUCUUGUGAAUAUCAUUCUCGUGUAUUUAGAUAAAAACGUGUUCUCGCUUAUAUUCUAUGAAUAGUAAUGAUUUUAUAUGGGAAUUGGAAAGAAGAAAUCGUAAAUCGCGCGCACUACUAGCCAAAUGCAAAUUGCUGCUCGCAUAUAACAAUUAAUUUAUUGUGUAAGGAUAUGAAAAACAAGGCAGUUUUGCUUAAAAAAUUUCGAUGCACAAAUGAUGAGAUCAAAAUCUUGCAAAGCGAAAGCAAUCGCGUCUACUAUACAAUAUAUCUUCUAUACUUCAUUUUUAUGAUAUAUGUGCAGUACUGUAUUUGGAAAGAGACCUUGGAGCAUUCGCUUUUAUCAUUACAGAGAUGCUCGUGAAUAAGAAAGUGAUAAAAUAAUGGUAAUAAUAUAUAUUACCUCUACUCUCUGUAAAUGAUAUGGAAUUGGAAAUUAAGAUAUUAAAUGAUUUGCGCUCA